AUGAAUUUCUCUAUUUAUCUGCCACCACAAGCUGAAGGAGGUGAUGUUAAGCUACCUGUAAUUUUCUACUUAUCCGGCCUCACCUGUACUGAGCAAAAUUUUAUAACAAAAUCUGGUUUCCAACGAUAUGCAGCUGAACACGGCAUUAUUGUGGUUGGACCAGAUACUUCUCCCAGAGGAGUAAAAAUACCAGGUGAUGAUGAAUCCUGGGACUUCGGAGUGUCCGCCGGUUUUUACUUAGAUGCCGAAAAGGCUCCUUGGUCAAAUCAUUACAGAAUGGGUAGCUACUUGAACAAAGAGUUAUAUGACUUAAUACUGAAAGCAUUUUGUAAUGUAGUUGAUCCAAACAGAAUUGGCAUCAUGGGUCACAGUAUGGGAGGUCAUGGCGCUCUUGUGUCUACACUGCGAAACCCAGGAUUGUACAAAUCAGUUAGUGCUUUUGCCCCUAUCUGCAACCCCAGUGCGUGUCCAUGGGGAGUGAAGGCUUUUACUGGUUAUCUUGGAGAAGAUAAAAACAAAUGGCAGGAUUGGGAUGCAACAGAACUUGUCAAAAAGUAUGAUGGUCCACCACUAACACUGCUUGUGGACCAGGGUGCUGCUGACAAAUUUUACAUUGAAAAACAAUUACUGCCUGAGAACUUAGUAGAAGCUUGUCGCUCUGUUGGAGUACCAGUGAUAUUGAAUCUGCGUGAAGGAUAUGAUCACUCUUAUUACUAUAUUUCGACUUACAUAGGCGAACACAUGGAUUUCCACGCUAAAAUCUUGAAGGCUUGA